UAAUUCAUAGUGAACAACUACUCAUUUGGUAACCAACUAUAUGGAGAAGAUGAAUAUUAUGAGCUUGUUAUCUCUCUUUCUUUUGCUCAUUUUUUCGAUCAUCCCCAAAUCUUCCGCUACAGAUCUGUCACCAAGUUAUUAUGAUCGAGUGUGCCUUGACGCUCUACCGACCAUCAAACGCGUUGUUGAGGACGCAAUAGCCCAAGAACGUCGCAUGGGUGCUUCUUUGUUACGUCUUCAUUUUCAUGAUUGUUUUGUUAACGGAUGUGAUGCUUCCAUUCUAUUGGAUCAAACUUCAACAAUCGAUAGCGAGAAAAAUGCAACUCCAAAUGUAGACUCAGCUAGAGGUUUUGAAGUUAUCGACCGAAUCAAGUCUGAGGUGGACAAAGUUUGUGGUCGUCCCGUAGUAUCUUGUGCUGAUAUCUUGACCGUUGCUGCUCGUGAUUCUGUCGUUGCACUUGGUGGCCCAUCAUGGAGAGUCAAGCUAGGAAGAAGAGACUCGACCACAGCUAGCCGAACCACAGCUGAAGCCAACAUCCCUGCACCGUUCAUGGACUUACAAGCACUAAUCUCAAACUUUAAGAACCAAGGACUCGACGAGAAAGACCUAGUUGUUCUUUCGGGUGCACACACCCUAGGGUUUGCUCAGUGUAGAACCUUUAGGGAUCGCAUUAAGUACGACACCAACAUUGAUCGAGCCUUUGCUAGCCACCUUCGAACCAUAUGUCCACAAGUUGGGGGCAACUCAACGCUCGCACCACUUGACCCAACACCAAGCUCAUUUGAUGGGAGAUACUUCAACAACUUGUUAAGUAAAAAAGGGCUUUUGAAAUCUGAUCAAGCCUUGUUUAAUGGUGAUGAUGGUGAAACUGAUGAACUUGUUGAGAAAUACAAUGAGAAACAACAAGAAUUCUUUGAGGAUUUUGCAAAGUCUAUGAUUAAAAUGGGUGAUAUAAAUCCAUUAACAGGAAAUAGAGGUCAAGUUCGUUACAACUGCAGGAGGAUUAAUUAGAAGAUUUCAAUUUUGACCUUAUGUUAAAAUUUAAUAUUUCAAUUGUAAGUUUG